ACUUGAGAUGGAAGCCGCCAUGAUAAUUUAUAAAAAGUUUUAUCGGACAUAAGUAUACGACUCUCUACGUUCAACACAACGAUAUUUUGAUUGUGAAGAAUAAAAUAUUGAGUUCAUACUCUUGAUAUGAUUUAUUUACCUACAUUAAGGUGAAAUCUAUUCCCAUUUUUUCUUAUUGACUAGUUAUUCUCUGCCUUAACGAUGAAAGUAUCAAGUUUAGAGUCAUUAGUUAUCCUGUCUCAAUUUUUAAACAGCAUUGAAUGAAUGCGGAACAGUGUAUCACAGUACAUACAGUGUAGUUGUAGUGUGAGUCUGCUGCAAUCAUGGCGGAUAACGAUAAGAAAUUACAGGAAAAGAUAAAGAGUCAGGGUGAACUCGUGAGAAAAUUGAAAGCUGAUGGUGCUGAUAAAGCGAAGGUGACGGAGGAGGUGAACAAAUUGCUGGAGCUGAAGAAACAGCUGGGAGAUGAAGGCUCCAAGAAGUUUGUCCUCAAGACCCCAAAGGGCACAAGAGACUUUGCCCCCGGUCAGAUGGCCAUCAGGGAGGGGGUGUUCAGCAAGAUCAUCGCCUGCUUCAAACGUCACGGGGCCGAGACCAUCGACACCCCAGUGUUUGAGCUGAAGGAAACGCUGACUGGGAAGUAUGGCGAGGACUCGAAACUCAUUUAUGAUCUGGCUGAUCAGGGGGGAGAGCUUCUGGCUCUCAGAUAUGAUCUAACAGUGCCGUUUGCCCGCUACCUGGCCAUGAACAAAGUGUCCAACAUCAAACGGUACCACAUCGCCAAAGUGUACCGCAGAGACAACCCGGCCAUGAACAGGGGCCGCUACCGAGAGUUCUACCAGUGUGAUUUUGACAUCGCUGGUCAGUACGACCUGAUGUUGCCGGACGCGGAGUGUAUCAAAAUUGUCACAGAGAUCUUGUCCAGUUUAGAGAUCGGAGACUUUGUUGUCAAGGUGAACCACAGAAAACUGUUGGAUGGAAUGUUUGCAGCCUGCGGAGUGCCCGACGAUAAGUUCCGUCCAAUCUGCUCCUCUGUGGAUAAACUAGACAAAACAUUUUGGAAUGACGUCCGCUGUGAAAUGGUGGAUGAAAAGGGUCUGGAUCCUAAAGCUGCAGACAUGAUUGGAGAGUAUGUAGGGUUCAAAGGUGGCAUCGGUCAGGUGAACGAGCUGCUGACGGACGAGAACCUCAAGGCCCAGAAGAACGCCCUGGAGGGGCUGGAGGAGCUCAAACUGCUGCUCACCUACUGCGAGCUCUACGGCGUCGCUGAUAAGGUGUGUUUCGACAUGAGCCUGGCCCGAGGAUUAGACUACUACACCGGAGUCAUCUACGAGGCUGUACUCACAGGUUCGACGGCCCAGGCGGUGGCUCAGAACACAGACGAGCCGGUGGGCGUGGGCAGCGUUGCGGGCGGCGGUCGCUACGACGGCCUGGUGGGCAUGUUUGACAGUAAGGGCAAGAAGGUUCCCUGUGUUGGGGUCAGCAUCGGCAUCGAGAGGCUCUUCUCCAUCAUGGAGGCCAAGGCUGCGGCAGCAGAGAAGAAGCUGCGUACGACGGAGACGGAGGUGUACGUGAUCGCCGCACAGAAGGGCAUGGUGGAGGAACGUCUCAAGCUGGUCAGUGCACUUUGGGAGGCCGACAUCAAGACGGAGCAGUCCUACAAGAAGAAUACCAAGAUGCUAAAUGAGUUCCAGUACUGUGAACAGAACGGCAUCCCACUGGCCCUCAUCAUCGGUCAGUCGGAGAUUGAGAACGGUGUGGUCAAGCUCAAGGUCAUGGGGUCCAGGGAAGAGAGGGAGGUACCUCGGGCAAGCAUGGUGGAGGAGAUUCGAACCUCGCUAGCCGCGCUACGGUCUAAUGGCAGUGAAGGCUGAGACUGUGUAGCUACUUGUACGUGUCAUUUUGAUUAGGAAACUUGUGACAUCGUUCUGUAUUCUCCGUGCUGUUGUCCUGUCCCCCACCCUCGUGAAGUGAGAGAUAUGUUUUGUCUUUGCCGUGAUCAGGGUUGUUUCUCACUUCUAGCAACUGUGUCCAAAAUUCUUCUGCCUCAUUUUCUAGCUUUUUAUUUUUCAACAUUUAGAAUUUAAAUUUUGACAAAAUAUCCCUCAAGCUAUUGUAACUUAUGAUACCACAGAUCUAGGAAUAGCAAUUUUAAAAAAAGUCAAAAUGUAGGGUUUAUAGUACAUUUGAACAGCUGGUCCAGAACUUGUGUUGUUGUUUUAGGCCUUGGGUUUUGCUGGGUGAGCUUUUGCCUCAUUGCAUUAUAUAUUGUUUUGUCUUUUUCUGUGACUAUUUAUUUUAAAUGUUAACUCACCAUUGUAUAUAUGUCAUUGGUUUUUCAUUUAAAAGAUGAUAUACACGUAUGAUUCUGAAUCGGGAUGAUAGCUUUUCCGGCCUCACCUUAGUUUUGUGAAUGUUUUCCCCAUGGUGGGAUAGACUGGACGAGUCUAAUCGAGAGAAUUGAACAGACUAGUGUAUUAGCACGACACGGUCAGAGUUAUUGUAGUGAGAGGUUUCACGGCACUUGCAGCACAAAUAGAUCAUAAUAUGAGUGCCCAGGAUUAAAGGGUGGGUCUUGGUUAUCGUUCGAAGGAGACCCGAGUUUGAUUCCCGGUUGGGGAGAAUUUUUAUUGAGUGUAUGGGUCUUUCUGCCGGGAUGUUUUAUCUAUCUCUGCCCAGAUUGAACCUGGUAGGCGGGGCGGAAGCCUGCCCCUUGAAAGAUUUAAAUUGUGAGGAUGUGGGUGUGAAACACUUACAUUUGCACAACAAAAAAAAAAGAAAGAAAAAAAUGUGAAGCUCACAGCAGAAUAUCAGAAGAAAUUUUUCUUGAAGUGUUGGGGUCUUCAGGCUGAUGUUACUUAAGUGUACGAUGUGAAACUAUGCUGUGCUUAGCAUUUGCUGUAGGCAUGUGAUGAAUAAAUGUUCAUGUUUUCAUGCUA